GCAUCUAAGUUUAAUAUAGGAGGUGGAAAGAGGUGGAAAAGGAGAAGAGAAUCAUGGAUAGAUGAUGACGAGUAGUAGUAAUAGUUCAGGAAAACAUCAAACCAGAUGAGAACCACCACAAUGGAAAAAGAAAUAGACACAUUCCUCAGAAAACUUUCCAUUGCCGCCAUAGCCAUAGCUUCACUAACACUCAUCUACCUCUUCCUCCAAACCCCAGACACAUGCGUUCCACCAGAAGCCCCAUCCAAACCCCACCUCCGUUUCCCCAAAUCCUCCUGCGACUUCACCUCAACCCGCCCUCACCUCCCCUCCGACAAAAAAAACAACCGUCUCUGGUCCUCACGUGACUGGAACAACAAACUCCAUUCCUUUUCCCUUAUCUUCCUCCCAAUUCGCGAUCUAAAUCUUCUCCAUAACAAUUCCAAAAUCCUAUGCCUCUCCGCCGGCGCCGGUCAUGAAGUCGCUGCGUUACAGCGUCUCGGUGUUGAAGAUGUUACCGGCGUUGAAUUGUUUGAUUCUCCGCCUCUUGUUAGUCGGGCGGAUCCGCAUAAUUUGCCUUUUUUUGAUGGUGCGUUUGAUUUAGCUUUUACUGCGAGAUUUGAUGAGGCGUUGUUUCCGGCGAGAUUUGCGGCUGAGAUGGAGAGAGUUGUUAGGGUUGGUGGUGUUUGUUUUGUUCUUGUUGGGGAGUGUGAUGCUUAUGAGCCCAAGACUUUGAUCCAACAGAUUGUGCUACUUCAACUAGGCCAUGAGCUUCAGAAUUCGUACUCCUACUGAUAUAAGAGACAUUGACAUCUAUCUACCAAGAUUAGACAAAAUAUCCCUACAAUCAAGAAUAACAUUUAAAAUUUCAGAGACAUGGGACUGGUUUUUAAGACAAUUAACCACCAUUUCUGCAUCCAUCUCAAUGUUUGUCUUUCCUAUGAUUUUGGUCCUGAAGCCACAACAAAAUCCAGCACAGGAAAGUCCUGCACCUCUUCAGUUUUCAUGGCUGCAUAGAUAACACUUCCAGCACAGUCCCUAACUAGCACAUCCCAGAAGGUGUUUCCAUCACGCGUGAAACCCACAUCAAUGUUGAUUUUCAAAGUAUCUACAGCAGGUGCCUUCCACUUAGAUGCUUCGCGAGGGAUAGAGAGGAGUACCUACAUUUGCAGCAUGAACCCUUCCACAAAGUUUGAGACAGCUUCAGCAAUUAAGACCGAUUGAAAAUUAGAGUUGUUAAAAAUUGCGACACACCUAGCCUUCCAAAUCUUCCAAUAGAGUUAUGCAGAAAAUUUGAGAUGCUAAUUUUUCUGGGUUGGACAGCCAGAACAGAAUCCAUUAGUUGAGCGGACAUGAAUGCCAAGAGAAGAUGUAAACAAGAGUGCUUGUGCUGCAGGGUAGUGCAUGAAAAUGUGGUCUUGAGUUUCCUUAUUCACAUUGCACAGGGGGGAGAAUGCUUCAAAAUCAAUACCUUUCUUCUUCAAGUUGUGCCUAGUUGGAAGGAUGUUUCAACCUACUCUCCAAAGAAAGUUUCUCACACAGUUUGGCGCCUUGACUUCAAAUUUCAUUCCACAAUUUAUGUUGCAUCGGAUUUGAGGAUUCAGGAGGUUCUCUUGCUUUUUCAUUACAUAAAAUGUGGUAAGCUGACCAGACUUAAGCCAUCUUUCACUUUGAAUAGAAGUUAGGAUUAGGAUAUUGUUAUUGCUGUGAUUUUUAUUUCGUCCUUCAUAGUCGUAUGUGUAGGUUUGUUACAUAUGAAUGAUUUGCUUAUUUAGACAGUUAAAUAAUUAUCCUGA